ACGUGAUCGCGGUCCGCGCCGGCCUCUGGCGGCUGCGCUUGCUGCGGGUUUCGGAGUCUCCACCGCCAUUGCCUCUCGGUCUGCCGCGAGGCCCAUGGACGAGGAGGAUGAGGAAGCGAGGGCGCUGCUGGCGGGCGGCGCCGACGAGGCCGCCCCAGGGGCCCCCGCCGCCUCGCGGGCGCUGCCGGCCCUCUGCGACCCCAGUCGCCUGGCGCACCGGCUGUUGGUGCUGCUGCUGAUGUGCUUCCUGGGCUUUGGCAGUUAUUUUUGCUAUGAUAAUCCUGCUGCCCUUCAGACUCAGGUUAAACAGGAUAUGCAGGUGAAUACCACGAAAUUCAUGCUGCUGUAUGCCUGGUAUUCUUGGCCCAAUGUAGUUUUGUGUUUCUUUGGUGGCUUUUUGAUAGACCGAGUAUUUGGAAUACGGUGGGGCACAAUAAUUUUUAGCUGCUUUGUUUGCAUUGGACAGGUUAUCUUUGCUCUGGGGGGAAUAUUUAAUGCUUUUUGGCUGAUGGAAUUUGGAAGGUUUGUGUUUGGGAUUGGUGGGGAGUCUUUAGCUGUUGCCCAGAAUACAUAUGCUGUGAGUUGGUUUAAAGGCAAAGAACUAAACCUGGUGUUUGGGCUUCAACUUAGCAUGGCUAGAAUUGGCAGUACAGUAAACAUGAACCUCAUGGGCUGGCUGUAUUCUAAGGUUGAAGCUUCAUUGGGUUCUGCUGGUCAUACAACCCUUGGGGUGACACUUAUAAUUGGGGGCUUAACGUGUGUUCUUUCCCUAAUCUGUGCCUUGGCUCUUGCCUAUUUGGAUCAGAGAGCAGAGAGAAUCCUUCAUAAAGAGCAAGGGAAAACAGGGGAGGUUAUCAAAUUAACAGAUGUGAAGGACUUCUCCUUGCCGCUGUGGCUCAUCUUUGUCAUCUGUGUCUGCUAUUAUGUCGUGGUCUUCCCUUUCAUUGGACUUGGAAAAGUUUUCUUUACAGAGAAAUUUGGAUUUUCUUCCCAGGCAGCAAGUGCAAUUAACAGUAUCGUGUAUGUCAUAUCAGCGCCCAUGUCUCCAGUGUUCGGGCUCCUAGUGGAUAAAACAGGCAAGAACAUCAUCUGGGUCCUGUGUGCGGUAGCGGCUACUCUUGUGUCCCACAUGAUGCUGGCCUUUACGAUGUGGAACCCGUGGAUUGCCAUGUGCCUGCUGGGACUGUCGUAUUCGCUGCUGGCCUGUGCGCUGUGGCCCAUGGUGGCAUUUGUAGUUCCUGAGCAUCAGCUGGGAACUGCAUAUGGCUUCAUGCAGUCCAUUCAGAAUCUCGGGCUGGCGGUCAUCUCCAUCAUUGCUGGCAUGAUACUGGAUACUCGGGGAUACUUGUUUUUAGAAGUUUUCUUCAUAGCCUGUGUUUCUUUGUCACUUUUAUCUGUGGUCUUACUCUAUUUGGUGGAUCGUGCCCGAGGAGGGAAUCUAAAUUAUUCUGCAAGACAAAGGGAAGAAAUGAAAAUGUCCCAUACUGAAUGAGAAAUUUAAAGGACUGUGUUGUCAGAAUGGAUUGCACACAUCUUUGGUUUUAAAACCUCCUUUUUUUUUUUUUUUUUUUUAAAGUUAGAGCUUAGUCAUUAGGAAAAAUGAUGGAUUGGCAAGAUAUAUUUCCGAUGUACCUAUUGCAAAGUGAAUCUGCUGGCUGUGUGCUUUGUGCUGUCUGCUGCUGAAGAAUUCGCCUUUAGAGCAGGCUGACGACAGGGAACACUUUGGAAAACUGCUUUGCAACAUCCCAGGGAACUUCAGGAAGUAAAUGAUGGAAAAUACCGGGAUUUUCAUUAGAUACCUUUGGGAUGCGAUCUUUCCUCUAUCUUACAGCAGGAAAGAAAACUUCUGAGGGGGACAGCAAGGCCGGUUUGCACGGUCUUGUAACAAGCGUUCCCUUUUGCGAUGGGGAAUGUGAGCAAGUCAUUUUUCUGAAGCCUCUCCCCCACCAUCACUUGCAGAUGGCGCCCUGCUCUCCGUUGGGUUUGAAGGCUGCUGAGCUCUGACCCUUUUGGGUUUCUUACCUGUUACUGAGAUCCUGCUCACUAAGGGACAUAAUUUUAUAGUACAAACUUUCUGUAGCUCUUCCUCAUGCUCUAACAACUCAAAAGUGUUCAUUUAUGGUGAUGAUUUCUUAUCUAGAUGGAUAAAUAAAACUACUGCAAAAAAGGAAUACCUGAUAUCUUUUAACUUUUGGUUUUUAAAAUAUACUGAAACACCGAUUGUAAUUAUUCAUGUGAAAGAUUAUCUGUAAGAAAACCCAAGUUGGCAUAAAGAAAACUUGCCUGUUACUGUCCCUGAAAAGUCACAAGUAGCUUUUUCUCCAGUGUAGGACUUUUAAGUUACCAUUUUGUUGAUUUUAUUAAAUAAAACGGGACUAUGACGCUUCUCUGAGAGACCUUAAGACUUUGCACAUUAUUAAUGAAAGUCAAGGACUUUUCCAUGUGUUUUGCUCUCUGUGGGCUUCUUUUAGGCGGCAUAUACGAAAUCACUGUGUUUAGCUGAGUGUCUUAUGUAAGAUGUGUGGCAUGACAUUGUUAUGCUUGGAAAUGCAUUCCUUAUGCAGGGUGACUUCAUGGACAUCACGUUUUCCUGACUUAGAGUUUCUGGUGUCAUUAUUCAUGCGUAUGUUCUAUGGGCUCUGUGCUAACAUGGCAGCUACACCAGCGAGCCAGAGUGCAGGCAGUGGGCGCUGCUGUUGCAUGGCUCGUGUGGCCUAGCCCCUGCCUCACUCCACUGCCUCUGUGCUGCAGCCACAGGGAGCUGCUUCCAUGUUUUCAAGUAGCCUCUCAGGGGCUUUGUCCAAGCUGUUCCCUUUGUUUAGAAGGUUUUUCUCUAGGGUUCUCUACAACCUGAUGGCAUCUGAUUUACAACAGAAAACCUUAGCCCCAGCCCAGAACCAUUGUUCUUUGUGGAAACUCUUCCAGACCCUUCAGGUUAAGUGAGGUUCUUAUAAAUGUCCCGCGGUCUUUGAAAAACCCUGUACUUCUCCUUUUUGGCUUACCUCAGUUUAUAAUAAAGAAUUUAUGAUGGUGCGAGUAUCUCUGUCUUCCUUAGAUUGUAAGCUCCAUGAGGGCAGGGGCUGUGUCUGUUUUAUUAAUAAUGGUUGUAUCCAUUGUGCCUAGCAUAAAAAGGCGCAAAAUAAAUAUUUUUGAAUAAUGCAUAAAUGAAAAAGAGUGAAUUUUUGAGAGAUAAGUUGGCAAU